AUAUUGUAUACGAGUACACUUCACGUGCACAAGGUGCACUCUGGCACCGCGGUGCAUAUAAUAAUAUUGUAUCAUCGUUGAAUAUAUUUGGACGUAAAUGAUUGCAUAUCACCACGACGGGAGUUGUUGUAGCUUAGAGUUUUCAGAUCCGGCGCCAUUACGGCCGGUAGGUGUCCUAUACAAACUAUACGGUGUUUUCGGAAAUCACGCGACCGGCGGUGGUCCCGUCGUAAGGCUACACUGCAAGACCGGUUGUAAGCCAUAAUAAUAAUAGUAAUAAUAGUAAGGAGAAGAAGAAAUAUUACGUUAUUUUUUCGGAUCCGAUCCGACGCCGGAGCAACCGAGCAGGCAGUAAAACCGGGACUCUCGUACCACGCGUGUUAUCACUCACAACACGAACAGUUUUCAUCUUCGCGUGCCGCCGAUUCCACAGCGUGCGCGGUAUUCUCCUCUUUUGUAUUCACUGGGUCGAACGAUCGAAUGGCGUCGAAACGGACUUAGCAGGGUAUUAUAGCGGAAUAACCGAAAAUACGGAAACAUGGGCACGAGAGUGGCAGCAGCACAUUUCUCGGACAAGACGUUCGCCGGGGUGCCACAGCUGCUAGAGGACCUGCAAAAAUUGGCCGACGAUCAUGAAUCAGCCGAUAUUGUGUUCCUUAUUGGUCGGGAGGAAGUACCCGUUUAUGCCCAUCGAAUAAUCUUAAUGACGAGGUGCAAGAGCUUCCAGUCGGUGAAGCGGAGUGAGAUAUGUCGCAUACCCGGUUGUUCCGUAUCGCCGUCCACGCCCGGGACGCCGACCCCUAUCCGGUUGCCACAGUUCCAGGCUGAGACUUUCAAACAGUUCAUCAAUUAUGUGUACACAGGCAAGAUCGUCUUGCAAGAUGGCGGGGUUUUCGAAAUGCUCACGCUGGCUCAAGAACUGGGUGUAGAAGACCUGCAAAAUAAUUGUGAAGAGCACGUAACUUCGACCAUGUCUGUGUUGAACGCUUGCACAUUUUUAGCCGCAGCGAUGGACAUACAGGACAGAGCUUCCACAGGCGGAAAGGGCGCAAAGUCCUUCGUCGAUCGAUGCGUUUCGUUUGUGGGCGAAAACGCGGCGAAAUGCGUGAAGACCAACGCGUUCCUGAACCUACCCAAGGAAUCUCUGAUCAAACUCAUAUCGUCGGAUUGCCUAGCGCUCGAAGAAGAGGACGUAUGGCGAGCCGUGGUGAACUGGGCGAAAUUUCACGCGGGCGUGGUGCAGCGGACAGCUCACUGGACCGAAGAGGAACGGGCCAGGGUGUGCCAACAUUUAUCCGGAGUCAUCAAUCACGUCAGAUUAUUGUUGAUAGACUCUCAAGUGUUUGCCGAAGAAGUGGAACCGACGGGUGCCGUGCCCAUAGAAAUGUCUCUGGAACGGUACCGUUUCGCAGCGUUACCGAACAAAUUCAAAGAGAUACCGGACGACCAUCGUCUGCAGCCACGAGUUAUGCUCAAGUUCUUUUCGGGGUCUCAUAUUUUAAGUCAAGAUAAAACCCACCUGCAACGCGUGUUAAACCAGUGGUAUGGCAGUGUGAAACAAUGUUGGAGGUUGAUCUACAGAGCGUCCACCGACGGAUUUUCCGCCGAAUCAUUUCACAAGCACUGUGACGGUGUGUCGCCUACCUAUGUUUUAGUAUUGGGCGUGAACGGCUGGCUGUGCGGAGGAUACAGUGACGUGCCGUGGGGUAAGAGUCACACCAAGGGUGCUUACAUGGUGUCCGACAAGAGCUUCCUAUUUUCGCUCAGCACCACUCAAGACACCCCACCAAUAAAAUACGAUAUUGUUAAAAAACCUUACGCUAUUUGCUACCAUCAAGAGAUAGGUCCGAUAUUCGGAGCCGGCGCCGACUUGCUGAUUGCCAACAAUUGCAACGCAAACAUGGACAGCUACAGCAACCUGCCGCACUCGUACGACGGUGAAAACGCGACGACCAACUCGCUGAUGGGUGACUACAAUUUUACCGUAGCCGAUUACGAAGUGUUCACGCCCGUCUCGUCGUCGAAAUGAACUAUUACACAGGCAGUGUUAGUAUGCAUUAGGCAACACGUGUUCGUCUAUACCAGACAUUGACUACUAUGCUGUGUUUUGAGAUUAAUAUAACGAAUCAGAAGAGCAAAAUGAUCAAAAACAAAAAUAAAUGUUUAAGAAAUACGUCUUCAAAUUAAAAAAUAAUAAUAUUGUAACAUUGAACUAUCGCAGAGACGCGAAUAUAAUUUAUUAUAUAAUAUUAUAACUAUA